UGCUUACGGGCUCAGAGGAGGGAGCUCCGCCUGUUCUCAGUUGUCGGCUCCUGGAAUUCAGAAAUACGGGUUCCGCCUCCGCGGCGACGCAGUCCGCCGAGUCUUACCGCGGCGAAUCCUGACUUCUCCCCCGACAGGUGCUGGGACGAUGGCCGAAUCCCUGUCCCCGGACCAUUUCAGCUGCCCCCUCUGCGUGGGCAUCCUGAGGGACCCCGUGGCCAUUCCCUGCGGCCACAGCUUCUGCAUGGACUGCAUCAGCAACUACUGGAACGAGGCCGACUACACGGGCAUCUACAUUUGCCCGCAGUGCCAGAUCACGUUCACGCAGAGGCCCGUGCUGCGACCCAACACCAUGCUCACCAAGGUGGCGGAGAAGCUCAAGAGGUCCGGCCCCAGCCCGCCCGCCGCCAACAGUUACGCGGGGCCCACCGACGUCCCCUGCGACUUCUGCACCGGGAAAAAGUUCAAGGCCAUCAAGUCGUGCCUCAACUGCCUGGCCUCGUACUGCGAGAAGCACCUGAGGCCCCACUACGAGUCGGCCACGUUCAAACGCCACAAACUGGUGGACGAGCUCGGCAACCUGGACCGCAAGAUCUGCCCCCAGCACCAGAAGACCCUGGAGCUGUUCUGCCGCACGGACCAGAUGUGCAUCUGCGCCCUGUGCACCGUCAGCGAGCACAAGGGCCACGACAUCGUCUCGGCGGAGGCCGAACGGAGCGAGAAGCAGAAACUGCUGGGAGUUUCGCAGACAGAAAUCCGGCAGAAAUGCCAGGAGAGGAUGAAGGAGCUGGAUGAGUUGAGAACAGCUGUAGACUCCCUCAAAAGCUCAGCCCAAAGGGCCAUGGCUGAGAGCGAGAAGAUGUUCCGAGAAAUGAUCAGCUCCAUCGAGAGGAUGCGCACCGAGGUCACCAAGCUCAUCGGCAUCAACGAGAAGGCGGCCUUCAGCCAGGCCGACAGCCUGGUGGAGCGACUGGAGCAGGAGAUCGAGGAGCUGAAGAAGAAGGAGUCUGGACUGAAGCAGCUGUACAGCACAGAGGACCACAUUCACUUCUUGCAGAACUUCAACUACCUAUGCACCCCGACCGACGAUGGCGUCAUCCCACGGGUGACGGUGAACCCGGACUUCUCCUUCGCAGCCGCCAGGAAGGCCGUGGCCGAAAUCAAGGAGCGCCUGGAGGAACUGGGCCGAGAAGAGCUGCUGAAGAUAUCGCGAUCAGUGAACGAGAUCCCGGUUUACACGGUGGAGAACCGAACCAAAGAAAGAUCCAUUAAAGCAAGAGAAGUAACAGUGGACAGCUCACCCCCCCCAGAGCCCAGGACCAGAUCUGAGUUUCUGAAGUACUUCUGUCAGCUCCGCUUGGACCCAAACACCGCAUACAAAGAGCUCUACAUAUCUGAGGGCAACAGGAAGGUCAUUCGAACCCGAGACCUGCAGCCGUAUUCGGACAACCCGGAGAGGUUCGACAGCUUCGCGCAGGUGCUCUGCAGGGAGGCCCUGUCCGGGGGCCGCUACUACUGGGAGAUCGAGUGGAGCGGGGAGUUCUCGGUCGGAGUCGCCUACAGGGGGAUCAGCCGGAAAGGGAAGGGUUCCCUCUGCCUGCUCGGCUACAAUAAGAAGUCCUGGAGCCUGCUGUGCUCCGACUCCGGCUACUCGGCCUGGCACAACCGGGUGGACAAGGCCGUAAAUGGCCCUCACUCUCCCCGGAUCGGCGUCUACCUGGACCAUUCGGCCGGGACGGUGUCCUUCUACAGCAUCGGGGAGACGAUGACCCUCCUGUACAGGUUCGAGACCACCUUCACAGAGCCCCUCUAUCCCGGAUUCGGAGUGGGCACCUCUGUGAAGAUCUGUCAGCUAAAAUGAACAAAAAAUAAACAUAUAUUACACGUAGAUAUGAAGACAAAGCCUUUAAAAUAUACCGUCUCCCUUUUUCACCUUUAUUGUGUGCUGCAGUUGUUUUGUUUUUCAAUAAACAUUAGAGUACAUUUGCCUGGAUGCUCUACAAUUGACCUUAUUAUUUUAAAGUAAAAGAUAAAAAGUCAAAACUGUCAACACCUUUCUCACAACAGUAUUUUUGUGUCAAGCGUAUUGUUACUUUGUUUCUUAUUUUUGUAUAAUAAACUGCUCAGCAAAGGAAAUGCGGUUCUAUGCCCAUAACAGGAAAACAGUCGAAAUUGUACUUUAAUGGAAAAUCUUGAUCUUCUGUAUACAUUUUUACAGAGCUAUAAAACUUUGUCACUAAAUGAAAAUUUCCUCCCCCUGUUUUCAACGUGAUUUUUCCUGUAAUUCUGAAUUAAUCUGAUGAACAAGACACCUGUUAAUUUCAGAAUCACCAUUCGGCGUACAUAAACACGUUUGUUUAGACAGUAAUUUAACUUGCAUUGUAUGAUAAAGUUGUAAAAUGACAACUGGGAAAAUCUAAAGCGUUUCAUUUUGUACUUUUUUAUUACCAAAUAAAAGGAA